UUUGUCAAUAUGGCCGACUGCCAGGGCCGUACUGCUACCCGACGGUUGUAAUCGACGGACUCGGCUCGGCGUGUUUUUUCCUCCAGUUUGUGCCGCUUUCGGCGAGUUUUUUCGCUUUUUAACCGGCUUUGACUCUUCGCGAAGAAAAAAAAGGCCGGAGCCAGGCUCGUUUCAUGAGAGAAAAUGACACAGUUUUUACCACCGAACCUUUUGGCGCUUUUCGCCCCGAGGGAGCCGAUCCCGUUCCUGCCACCGGCGGCCAAGCUACCGCACGAAAAGAAAAACAGGGGAUACCUCGGCGUGGGCACCUUCCUCGAAUUCUUUGAGGAUCCAACAGAAACACCACCGCCUAAGAAAGUUGAAACCAGGGAGGAAAGAUUGGAGAGGAGACGUCGAGAAAGGGCUGAACAAGUUGCUUACAAACUUGAACAAGAAAUAGCUGUUUGGGAUCCUCACAGUAUUUCAACAGCUACAGUGGACCCAUUUAAGACUCUGUUUGUAGCUCGAAUUAACUAUGACACAUCCGAAUCCAAGCUCAGGAGAGAAUUUGAAAUGUACGGACCGAUAAAGAAGAUAGUUCUUAUUCAUAACACCGAGAAUGGUAAACCUCGAGGAUAUGCAUUUAUAGAAUAUGAACAUGAAAGGGAUAUGCAUUCCGCGUAUAAACAUGCAGAUGGAAAAAAAAUUGACGGAAGGAGAGUGCUUGUCGAUGUUGAAAGAGGAAGAACAGUUAAAGGGUGGCUGCCGAGGAGAUUGGGAGGAGGACUUGGCGGCACGCGAAGAGGAGGGCCUGAAGUCAACUUGAAACAUUCUGGUAGAGAAGACAACGAACGAGAAAGAGAGAGGUACAGGUUGGAAAGAGAAGCUGCAGAAAGGGAUAGGCCGUCAGGGAGAGGGGACAGAGAAAGGGAUAGGGGUGAACCUAGGCGUAGAUCCAGAAGUAGAGAUAGAGACAGGGGAGAUAGAGACAGAGAUAGGGACCGGGACAGGGAUAGAGAAAAGAAACGACGGUCCAGAAGUCGCUCGAGGGAUCGAAAAAGGAGAAGGAGCAGGGACAGAGUUCCAGACGGUGACAUUGAGGAAAUUGACGAACGUCCUCCAAGAGACAGAGAUAGGGAUAGGGAUAGAGGGGAUAGAGAUCGCGAUCGGGAACGACGAGAUAGAGACAGAAAAAGGAGGAGGAGUCGCUCUAAAGACAGAGAUCGUAAAAGGGACAGGAGAGACAGAGACAGGGGCGAUAGGGACAAAGAUAGAGACAGAAGAGAUAGAAAUGCUGGAGGUGAUGAUUAUGAAGAAAAGGUCCGGAUUAAAAUCGAACCCCCCGACGAUUAUCCUGACUAUUCGGAUAACCAUUAUAACAGAAAUGUAGAAGAAUUUAAUGAAAGUGUAAAGUAUGAAAAAGAUGAGGAUGACAGGGUGAAAUAUCUCGAAGAUAAAAAACCAGAACAUUUAGAGGAAAACGGUAGAGACCGCGAUAGAGAAAGAGAUGAUAUGGCGUUUGAUGAAGAAGAAAACUAUUAACCCCCGGGAAAGGGGAGGUUGUGUACAUCUGAUGGAUAUAUGAAAUUCCUUUAAAUUGUCCCUUUUUAGCGGAAAGUUUUCUGUUAAAAAUUGAUAAUUUAUUUUUAUCGUUCUCAAUUUUUUAAUGUUUAUUCAGAAUUACAAUUUAACCCCUUUAAGUAUAUAAAUACCAUUUUUUUAAUUUUUUUUUAAGUCUAGUAAUAUAGUAAACAUUGCAAUUGUUUAUACUAAUCGAAUUAUUCACUUCGAAAGGUUGGUACACUUUCUUAAUAUAGUUGUAAUGCCCUUUUCUGAAUCUGUGAUAUGCAGUUACAUUUAGAAUUUUUCCAUAUUAAAAACAUUAAUUAAAAUUAUUUCAGCUAUUUAUUUUAGUCCUUUGAUUGCAGCAUGUACCUGAUUUGAACUCGUAUUUUUAAAUUGCAAAAUGUGAAGAAAUUUGAAAUGUAACUGUCGAGCAAGAUGAGGAAAAAGUCAUAUUGUGACAUUUUUGGAUGUAUAUAACAAUUUUGCGCCAUUAGUAAAAUACUUAGGAGUUAAAGAGUUUUUUGAAGAUUCAAUUUUUGUGAAUUAUUUCAAUUAUAGUAAGAUGAAAUAUGGGAUUCUAUUGCCUCUACCUUGUUCUUUAUUUUUUAUUUUAUUAUUUUGUUAUGUCUGACCAAGUUUAACGUAUCUUAAAUCAGUUUUAAAUUCAUAGAGAAUCCUAGCCAUCCACGGGUUGAAAAUAGGAUGACUUGAAACAUUUCUGAUAUCUAUAAAAAAUAAUCCAUACAGUAUUUAUUCUCUAUUAAUAUAGUCAUAUUGCAAGUUACAAUUUUCUGUUCGAAAUGAAAUGUACAUAAAUAUUCUUAAGAGUUUUGAAAAUUUUCAAGAUCUAAAUGCCUAUAAAUAUACAAAAAGAUUGACGCAUUCUUGACUGUAUUUUAUUCUAAAACUAGCAGUUUGAAAUUUAAUGUAAAUAUUGACUUUAUUCUUAAGAACAUUAAAACAAUAAAUAUUAGUUGCAAACAAUUAUGAAAUUUAUGCUCUUGCACAGUUUUGAAUUUACUUUUUUUAGAAAGUAUGUUGUGACAAUCAUACUAGGUAAGAAACAGGUUCUUUUAAAUACACAUCAAAUAUAUUAUUUCAUUUUUA